AUGGGGUCACCAUUCGAAUGGAAGCGAAACUCGCCGAUGCUCGCCUUUAAAAGCGCGAGCGCUUUUCCGCCCUUGCUUCACUCCGCACAGAGCUUGUCAAGUCGCAACAUGGACUCGACGUGCUUCAGGGAAACAGCGCGUUACUCGUCGAGAGAGCAACCCAAGAGCUUUAGCAUUGACUGGAUCCUGUCUUCCGGACAGCGAAAGCCAACUCUCGGCAGUAACCUGUACGAUUAUACACAACCUAAAGUUCUUAUGCGCGGAGCUUUACAUCCAGAGUCAGUUUACAGGCCUUUUGUUGCUGCCUUCGGAUCCGCGUGCGUUUACGCUCCGCACUUUUACCAUCGUCAGAAUGCUUCGUACAGAAACACAGAGGCGCGGCUUCAUUACGGGCACCACGACUCGGAUGGUUUAUUAUGCACUGAAGAUUUUGGACUGAAGUCGUGUCGGAGGAUGCGCACGGUGUUCAGCGCGGAGCAGCUGCAGAAGCUGGAGGAGGUUUUCUCCAAGCAGCGCUACAUGACCGGCUCGGAGAAAGUGCUGCUCGCAUCGGCGUUGCGUCUCACCGAAACCCAAGUCAAAGUGUGGUUUCAGAACAGGAGAACCAAAUGGAGGAAGAGCAGAGAGGUCGAGCAACGACCGAAGGACAAGUGCAGUGACCUAAAGCACGAAACGUGCAUGUCAGAAGACGGGGAGUUCAAAGACACCGACGAAAUCUCCUGAAACGUGAACACGGCGAGCACCAAGUCCAAGUUACAAACACAGGCCACUGGACAUCUAUUCAUUCUUGUUAAACAAGAAAUUAAGGCAUGGUGCCACUAUGUGGCUUUAUAGUUAUUCAUGUACUUUCACACUUAUAAUAUUUUCUUCAAUAUUCCUUUUAAAAAUUCACUUUUUUUCUUUUAGCAUUGUGUAAUGAGUUUUUUUUUCUCAAACGAAAUAAUGCUGUUUGGGCUGUUUUUUUUAAUUAAGUGUAUAAUUUUGUAUUUUCUGUUUUAUCAUAUUUCCAACGAGUGUUUGUUC